CGGCGCACACACAGGAAACAGAUUUGUUGAUGUCACAGCACUGGGCAUGUCCAUAAGGUAGGCUACUGACAACACUUCUAGAGGAUUACCAAAGCUAAAGUCUUUGCAUCCACUUUGGUCAUUUAGACCUCCUUUUGUUUUUAAACGGCACUUGUUGGAAGGACCCCCCCUUACUGAGGACUUCAGAUAGGUAAGCUACAGAACACACCAAUGGAUCCCAAAGAAGAUCUCAUGGACAGGGACAUCACUCUGACUGUACUGCUCCCAGGAGGACAGGAGACCACAGCCACAGUGCAUGGAAGUAAACCAGUUAUGGAUGUUCUGGUUACACUGUGUGCUCGACACCAUCUCGUUCCAUCAGAUCAUGUCAUAAAGCUUAUUUCCACAAAUCAAAACCACAUCAAUUUCAAACCCAACUACAUGAUUGGCUCUCUUGAAUUUGAAAGAGUUGUCCUGCAAACCAAAGGAAGUGAUAACAAGAAGAAACCUCAUGUUCCUGUGGCAACAGUUCGUCUUCUGAUAAACUACAAGAAGUCCCAUAAGGCAGUAGUACGGGUCAAUCCUACAGUGCCGCUGGCCGAGCUGAUGCCCACAGUGUGUGAGAAGUGUGAGUUCAACCCUGAUACAACCAUCUUUCUGAGGACAUAUCAGUCAGAGGAACCUCUGGAUCUCACCCAAACACUCAAUGACUAUGGAAUCAGGGAGCUGUAUGCCAAAGACAUUAAAGGUGGUGAUGAAGAACAGAAAUCCCUAGUCAAAGAAAAGACCCACAGAGAGAAGGGAAACAAAGGUUUCUUUGGAUUAUUCAAGAAGAACAAGAAAACACCUGAGCAGGCUGUGACUGGCAGUGCUCCCAUCUCUCUUGAACGGAACGGCCAAUGUGCAGACAGGGUGAACGGUGUUAAUGGCCACUUAACCUUACCCAUGGUCACUGCCGACAUGCCAAAGAAGAGACGCGCUCCACAGCCUCCUUUGACGGUGUCCCAGAGUGUCACUUGUGGACUUCAGACCAGAGAUUUUUCCAACCUAUCAGAGAGUAACUCUGCUGGAAAACAGGGUCAGCUCAGUCGUAUCUCUUCCACUGAGUCCUCCCUUAAAAGGACUAAACGGAGAGCUCCGCCCCCACCAUGUGAUGGCCCCACCCCAUCCGAGUCAGAUAACAAAGGAGGGGGCGCCUAACAGGCAGCGCAGUCUCCUUUCCUCCUCCUCUCCUCCAUGCAUGCUUAUCUGUUCCUGCUUUCAUUGGUGAUGGGCUAUUUGUCCUCUGUGUCUUUACAUAGCCUUCAUGUCUUAUGCACAUUGCACUGAACUUAAGUUCUUGUUGAGUCUUGUUCUGUUGUUUAAUUGGCUUCCAUGCUUAAUGUCACUCCCUCUUGCUUUAAACUGUAAUGUGUCUUUUUCACCUUGUUAGUUAGUGUAAAGACAAUGUAGUAUUCUAGAGGAUAAAGUAAUGCAUUCUCAGGUCAAUAACAGUCAGAGUCAAUUUAUGCCUUAGACAGAUGGAUUUUAUUAUUGUUUGUAGGUUCAAAUGUUUUUAAUAUAAAGUUAUUUCAGUGUUUGUGUAAUCUGUAGCAAUUUAUCACAAUAAUUGUGCCUUGAUUUUGAGCCACAGCUCCCAAGAAGGUUGUAAUCAGUGUUUGAUAUUUUUAUCUACGUAACUGCAGUUCAACUUUAUUAAGUUCAAUGUGUUUUUUUUUUUUUUAUUACAUGUUGGGGUCAUAAGGGAUGCUUUUGAGAAUAAAAUCUUAAAUUAUUAAAAAUUCAGAAAUUCCAAAUGAAUUCAUCAGCCACAAAUAAAUCAACAUUUUUAAUUAAAGUUUUGCCCUUUUGCUUUUUGUUAGAAUAAUUUUAAUGUUAUAUUUGUCAUCAACAUUCUGUGUGCUUGUG